UAAUAUUUUCUAGCAACAUAGGGGGUCAAAUUGGAGGUUUGAAAAAAAUGUCUGAUUCGCUUAGGGGCGAGGACAUUUCGUGCACACAGUGGCCGGUAGACCACUAAUUCGUCGGCUUAUUUCUCCAAUCGUCUACAAUUAUUUUUCGAUUUUCUGAUCUAGUUUGAAUCAGUGAUUCCAGAGGAUUCAUACUGUGGAUUUUUGCGCCGCGCCUCGUCGUUUAAGAGUGAUUUUAGGGUCGGAAGCCAUUGUUCAUCCGUCUUUGUUCGUACGCCGUCUGGAUUGUGUCUGCGUGUAUUACCCGUUGAACUGCGUGUAGAGAGAAUGCAGCGCCAGCAGACAAGAUCACGCACACACUAAACCGGUAAGGUACUGAUAACUGCACGGCAUGCACGGUAUCUCUGGUAGCUAUUCGCCAGAGCUCCUGCGUUGCUUGUGUAGUAUCUGCACUUCCUCUCACGCGCCCUCUGUUACACCAUGCCAGCGUUAGGUUUUAACGUCAAAUACUUCUGUGAGAAUUUACGUGCUACCAAACCACCCUACGAGUGUCCUGUUAAUGAUUGCGGCAAGAUAUAUAGAAGCCAUUCUGGAAUAGAGUUUCACUUGAAUAACUUUGACCAUGAAAAAGCCGGGGGCAACGGACACUCUACACCAAUGAAGAAAGGUGGCUGGCGGAAAGGACGGGUAACCAAUCGGCAGAAUCGGCGGUCCCCGUCACCUUCAGUGAUCCGAUCUCCUACCCGAGAAGCCCUGACAUAUGCUCAGGCCCAGCGAUUAGUGGAAGUAGACAUUAACGGUCUUGUUCACAGGCUGGAUAUCCAUGAGACUAUUGACAUCCUCACUGAGGAUGAGUUUGAAAGUGAGACAAGUGAAGAGGAGAAGAAUGAAAAGCCUCUGGGUAAGGCUGGGAAGGCCUUGGACCACACCAAGCAGAGGAAGGAAAUUGGAAGCACAUCCUCCAUGAAGCUUCCUGAAGCUUCUUACAAGAUCCUAGAUGGUUAUGAAGAGCCUCCAGAUGCACCAGACCGUCCACAGGCCUACUUCAGAUACAUUGAGAAGUCACGGGAGGAACUGGACGAAGAGAUUGAGUAUGAUAUGGAUGAAGAGGAUUACGCAUGGCUGGACAUGAUGAAUGACAAACGCAAGAGUGAUGGACUCACUACUGUCUCCCAGGAAAUCUUUGAGACUCUUAUGGAUCGACUGGAAAAGGAGUCCUACUUCCAAAGUCAGACCUCUGGCAAGACUGAUAACAAUCAAUUCAUUGAUGAGGAUGCAGUUUGCUGCAUCUGUAAUGAUGGUGAAUGCCAGAACAGCAAUGUCAUAUUAUUCUGUGAUAUGUGCAACUUAGCUGUACACCAGGAGUGUUAUGGCGUGCCAUACAUUCCUGAGGGACAGUGGCUUUGCCGCCGUUGUCUUCAAUCUCCAUCACGAGCAGUAGACUGUGCACUGUGCCCCAAUAAAGGUGCAGCAUUUAAACAAACUGACGAUGGACGCUGGGCCCAUGUUGUGUGUGCUCUCUGGAUUCCAGAAGUGGGUUUUGCCAACACAGUAUUCUUAGAACCCAUAGACAGCAUCGAUCAUAUACCAGCCGCUAGAUGGAAGCUCACUUGUUACAUCUGCAAGCAGCGCGGGGUUGGAGCUUGCAUUCAGUGCCAUAAAGCAAACUGUUACACAGCUUUUCAUGUGACCUGCGCACAGCAGGCAGGACUAUUCAUGAAAAUGGAGCCCAUACGAGAAACCAAUAUUAAUGGUACAUCUAUCAGCAUUAGAAAGACGGCCUACUGCGACAUCCAUACGCCACCAGAGGUGGAGAAGAAACCCAACGUGAAUGAUAAGAUCGUUGAGAAUGAUGAAGCUGGGAAGGGACUGUCUGCCAAGAAAGCUAAAGCCCAGUCAAGGAAGAACAUGAGAAAAGCAAGGAAGAUCUUAGCAGAAAAAAGGGCUGCUAUGCCAAUUGUGUCGAUGCCCUGCAUCCCCCCACAGAGGAUUUCUAAGAUAACAACUAAAGUGAGUUUGCAAAAGAAGCAGCAAUUUGUGCAGCGUCUGAUAGGAUAUUGGACUCUGAAACGUCAAUCUCGUAAUGGAGUCCCUCUCCUGCGACGUCUACAAGCCCAUCAUCACUCCCAACGCAACAAAGACUCGCGUGAGAACCAGAAAGCCAACAAGCUGAAAGAGCAGCUCAAAUAUUGGCAACGACUCAGACAUGAUCUGGAGAGAGCACGACUCCUAGUUGAGCUCAUCAGAAAACGUGAGAAGCUGAAACGUGAACAGAUCAAGUUAAAUCAGAUGACCAUUGAGAUGCAGCUACAGCCCUUCAACAUCCUGCUCAGGAAUACACUGGACCAACUUGUUGAACGGGAUCCCACAAGAAUCUUUGCAGAACCUGUCUCAGUUGAAGAGGCGCCUGAUUAUUUUCAAGUGAUCAAACACCCUAUGGAUUUCUCAACGAUGAGGUCAAAGGUCACAGGUCACGAGUACCGGACCAUCGACGAGUUUGAGAAAGACUUUGACCUGGUCAUCAAGAACUGCAUGACGUACAACAGCAAGGAUACAGUGUUCUACCGAGCAGCUGUCAAACUCAGAGAUAUGGGAGGGGCUGUCAUCCGUAAUGCUAAGCGCAUUGUAGAGAAGAUUGGCUAUGAUCCUACAACAGGUUUCCAUGCUGAGAAAGCACCACUCUACAAGGAAACAGAACUCAAGUUAGAUGAUUUUGACACAGCACUGUCACCAGCCCACCGUGCAGACAUGAGUCUGGAGGAACAACUCCGGGAACUCUUGGAGAAACUUGACAUGACCUGUACCAUCAAACAUGGAGCAGCCCGUACCAAACGUACCAAACAGCUACGUAAAGAGAUCAACGUUAUCCGUCGUAAGCUGGCCCAACAAAGGAACCAGGCCAACAAAGCAGAGUCGCCAACAAAGAAAGAUGGGGACAAGAGAAAGGGAUCAUCAUCAGCAGACGGGGUGUCAAAUGAUGAAGGGAGUGACUGCCCAGCAACUAGCGAGUCAGUUGAACCACCCAAACUUUCUCCUACCAGACCCGCACAAAUAGUAGGACGUAGCAAAUCCUCCCCUACUAGGGCAUCACCGACACGCCCCUUACCAAGGACCCCGGGUAGGGGGCGGGGUCGUGGCCGGCAACGUGUAUCCCGCUCCAUGUCUGAACCACACCCUGGCGGUGGUGACUGUGCUCCUACACUCAUGCCCAAUGAGGUAUCUGAGACUACAGCCACACCCAAUAAGAGUCCGUCCCAUUCCUCCGACAAGAGCCCCUCCCCAGGCGGAGUCGGCCGAAGGACUUCAGUACUGUUUCGGAAAGCGGGACGAGGUAAGCCCGCUGGUAGUCCUGGAUCUAGAAGAGGAGGCCGUUUGGGCAAAAGGUCCCUGUCCAUGGACACAGAGAACACCACAAGAGGCACUCGCAGAGCUAUCCAAGAAGGAAGCCUUCAUAUAGAGACAGAAUAUGAGGGUAACCUACCAACUACAUCCUCUGUUGUUAAUGAGAACCACACUAGGAAACGAUCCCGAAGCCUGAGUGCAAGUAAUGCUGACUGCAGCCCAGCAAAAAGACUAUUAGAGUCCAAUGCGUCAAGUAACUUACCCAAUGGAUUUGAGGGGGAUAAGCCCAUGGGUGACAGCUUCACAACCUACCGUUCAGGACACAAUCGUACACGUAGCAGCUCAGAUUCUGAGAGUACAUCCAGCACUAGCUCUACUAGCUCUGGCUCCAUAUCAGAGUCUACCUCUACUAUGGGAGAGGGCCACCGUCAUCGCAGACAUCAUGGCCGUCUUAAUUUGCCUGAAGAUAGCAGUGGCGAUACAUCUUGUGGCGAGAGCACUAGCACUACAAGCAGACAUCGUCAUCACGGUGCGGGUCCUUACUUGAGAGAAAAACGAGGUAAGACAAGAAGCACAAGCUGGAACUCUGAUGAAGAUGACAUUCCUCUCAGCCCAUUAGACCUAGUAUGGGCCAAAUGCCGAGGCUACCCCUCCUAUCCAGCCUUGAUCAUCAACCCCAAGAUGCCCAGGUCUGGCUUCUUUCACAAUGGCGUCCCUAUCCCUGUACCACCUAUGGAAGUCUUGAACCAACGAGCUGUCAUCGAUGAACAUUUGUAUCUUGUACUCUUCUUUGAUAACAAGAGAACAUGGCAAUGGCUACCUAGAUCUAAGCUAGAACCCCUGGGUGUGGACUCUGGCCUGGACCAAGUCAAGCUCUUAGAGGGACGCAAGUCAGCUGUGCGUAAGUCAGUCCAGCAGGCUUAUGAUCGUGCUUUGAAACACCGCUGUCGGGUCACAGGAGAGGUCAUGGAGGUAUCAACCAGUGAAUCCAGUGACGGUUUAGGUGAUAGGCCUUAAUAUGGUCUGCUCAGCACAGUUUCUUUACUUUGACCUUUUGUGUCCUUCAACCAUCUCCAAUUUCAAAUCGUAUUAUUAUGGGGGCAGUCAUAUGUUACUGUUACGUAUGGUGUGUAUAAUUAAAAAGCGUGGGUUCUGAUAAAGAUGCUACAUGUGUCCUUGUAAUAAAAUCUUAUUAAAUUAUCCAUAUAGAUGUGUAGAACCAAAAAGUGGAAAAACAACAACAGGGUCACUUGCUGUAAUGUUUACCAGAAAUCUAGUCUUGCUACAGUAAAUGUAGGAAAGAUUUACUUUUUUUUUACUCAGUUGUAGGGACCCAUAGUUGUAUCUUGGUGCUUGCUUUUCUUCCCAUAUGCCAAAAACAAAAUUACACAUUGGUCCUGUUUAAAAACACUUGAUUAAAUUUAUGCGUGUUAAAUUUUAACAAUAUUUUUAUUUAUCUUGUUUUUCAAUUUUCAUUUGUUUAUUUGUAAGUAAGUUUUAACGAAGAUGUAUUUGAAUGUAGCACCAAAGCUGUAGGGAGGUCAAAACGCACAAUAAAUUGAGACAUGGAAAUGUGUUUGGAAAAAGAAAUUCAAAAUUUGAAUUGAUACCACAGCAGACAAUUGUGUAUGUCAGUGUUCCUUCAAUACCUAUUGUACGGCCAUCACGGAUGUAUGUAUGAUCAAAUGUGGACAAGGUGCUUAAUUUCCUGACAGAUCUCAAAUUGAAUGUGUAACUUUUGGAGAUGUGUAGUUCAAAAAGUUGUUGUUUAAAAAAGGAAUCAAAUUGAGUUGAAUCUUCCCAAUUCUCAAACUAGGGAAGAGGCUUUUUUAUUGUAAUUUUUCUAUUUGUAGAUUGUGAAUUAGAAUGUGUGUAUGUUUAUUAUUAAUUCUUUGUACUGAAACCAAUUGUUAUUUCUCUGUAAUGUUCAUAUAUAUUUGGUAUAUUUUUGAAGUUGAAUUAUGGCCAAAUGCCCUUCAGUGAUUACACUAGGAAAGAAAUGUAUUUGAUGAUGUUGAGGAAUGUACAUGUAGACGUUCCUUUCCCAAAUAGGAUUAAUUAACACUUAACAUUUAGCAAAAGGAAAUAUUGGUAGAAUGGAUACAGUUUUGUAUUCUUCCUUGACAAUUUGGUGGUAAUCCUGUUCACAUCUGAAACGAAUCAUUGCGUACUGUGACUGAGCUACCCAACUUAGCAAAUAAGCCCUGGAUUUGUUUCCCCAAAAUCACAUGAAUACCACAGGACUUGAUUAGGUUUUCACAGCUGAAUAUUGAGGGUUUAAUACAAUACUUGUAAAAUUGAGAUGAUUUAACAAUCACAUUUUCAAUGUCAAACUUGAUUAUAUGUUAUCUGCAAAUUUUUUAUUAAAUUAUUUUAAAGUUUACAUUGUUUCAGGUUUCAUCAUUUUUUUCUUGUUUGAAUCAUCUUAAUUCUGGCAGCUGUGUGAUACAUUUGUGUAAUUCCUGACAAGUUUUAUUGGAUAGAUUUCUCCAAAUAGGCCUGUAAAUAAAAGCCAGUUAGUCUUAGGAGCAAAUAAGUCUUGAAACAAAACCCAAAUCGGUUCAUUUCCAUCAAUCCUUUCAGAGUGUCGAUAGAUGUAUAAAACUUUGACUCCAAAAAAUUGUACAGAAUCUACAGAGGAAUAAUAUAUUUGCCCAAUUUUUCAAGAGAAAAGCUAUAAACUAUUGAAAGGCAAAUAUUGUACAGUUAAUUAAAUUUCUGAUACAUUCUGUGUACGAUCUCUAGACAUAAUUUAAAACCUUGUAGGCUAGUGAAUUUACAAGACAGAAUUUGAAUGUUUGUAUUAAAACAGGCCAAAGACUAUGAGCAUGGCGUAUAUGUGUAUAUAACACCAUUCAGACCAUAGUUGUACCAUACUUUCUAUUUAGUAGUUCUCUCAGAAUUAGUCCAGGUCUAAAUAAGACAGCGUUCUAUCAGCUGUUUUCAUACAGACAAGUUAAGUUAUCCAUGCAUUUUGAAUAAAGUUUUGCCUAUGUUCAUUGUGAAGGAUA